CCGGCAGCGCCGCUCACCCUUUUCUAACGUCGCGACGACGCACUAGUGCCGAGCAACGUACCAAGCAAACAUGCAGAUUUUCGUCAAGACCCUCACCGGUAAGACCAUCACCCUCGAGGUGGAGUCUUCCGACACCAUCGACAACGUCAAGGCCAAGAUCCAGGACAAGGAGGGCAUCCCCCCCGACCAGCAGCGCCUGAUCUUCGCGGGCAAGCAGCUCGAGGAUGGCCGCACCCUCGCGGACUACAACAUCCAGAAGGAGUCCACCCUCCACCUCGUGCUCCGUCUCCGCGGUGGCGGUAAGAAGCGCAAGAAGAAGGUGUACACCAAGCCCAAGAAGGUCAAGCACGUGCACAAGAAGGUCAAGCUCGCGUUCCUCAAGCUCUACAAGGUUGACGACGCCGGCAAGGUGACCCGCCUGCGCAAGGAGUGCCCCGCCCCCGAGUGCGGCGCGGGUGUCUUCAUGGCCAACCACUUCGACCGCCACUACUGCGGCAAGUGCGGCCUCACCUACGUCUACCAGAAGUAAGUAUCUUACCGACGGUCGGUCGACGCUGGUGAUGCUGUCGAUAACACAGGGAGAGGGACUGUCAACGCGGGCAAGGAAUUGAGAGCGCACUCGACGAUCUUUGGACUUUGUCAGUAUUCAACAGUUUCCAACCCACCGCUAAUCUUACUAUGGCGAGAUUACUAUCCUUGUCCU